CUUGCGCAGUUCCGCUAACCCUCGCCUCGGCUCGGCGGCUUCCCGUUGCUGCUCGCGGCUCCCAAUUCCCAAAUCGAAAAAAAAGGGCAUCGCGCGCGGGAUCUCCAUCCUAGGGUUUCCGCGUCACCACCCUCGCCGCCCAUGGCGAGCGGCGGCGCCUCCUCCGCCCCGGCCACCGCCUCCACCCCCGCCGCCGCCGCCGCCACCACCACCACAAGCAAGACCGCGUCCGCCUCGCUGUGGUGGGACCCGUUCAUCGACCUCUCCGAUGAUCUCGACCGCGCCGCCGCGGCGUCCCCUUCCGUCCCGGACGCCCUCGCGGAGCGGAUCAAGGCCCACCACGCGUGGCUCCGCGGGUCGGUGUCCAUGUUCGUGAAGCCGAGCGACGCGUCGAGGGGCGCGUUGGAUGCCUCCGAGGUGGUUGUUGGGGAGCACCGCCUCGCCGUCAAGCCCGAGCUCAAGGCAGCCGCGCUUCGCCUGAGCAAGUGCAUGAACUUGGAUGAGGUGCAAUCGUACAUUCUGGUUAAGAGAACUUCAGAAAACACUCCAACAGCUCUUGUUGCUGAUACUGAAGAGUUUCUUCGCCUGGUAUCUGUACAAUAUUACCUGGAGCGUCAAUGCUUGCUGAAGUGCAUCCGAAGAAUCUUUGUUCAUGCAAAUGAUUGUUCUGAUUCAAUUGAUGCCGUUAGAGAAGAGGCCUCAGUUUUAGUUAGGGAAGAGGUGGAACAGAGACUACUAUCCAUUGUUCGAGAUUCCCUUGCAUCUGCAUUCUCUGUCAAAGGGGGAGCUGAAUUGACGAUUUCUUGGCUGGAAGAAACACUGAUUGAAAUUAACCUGAUUUUUGACAUCUUGUUUCUUUUUUUCUAUGAUAACCUUUCAAGGUGUAAUGGUGGACUGUGGAUAAUGUUGUGUUCGAUUUUUAAGGACAUGCUAUCUGGUUCUUAUGAUGUUGGAAAAUUUGCUGUAUCUGUUGAAGCAAAAAAUUCGUUUCAUUAUGCUAAAGCUCAGCUGCUGUUUAUUCUCAUUCAAACCUUGGACUUUGAAAGUCUACUCCGGAUGGUUCGUGAUGAAGUUCCUUUUAGCGGAGGGUAUUCCACAUUUUCUGUUGUUGAUAUUCUUGAAAUGGACGUCGAAGUAUCAAAAUUACCCGAAUUUGCAGCAGUAGAAUCAGGACCACUUAUUCUUGCUUGGGCAGUUUUCCUUUGCCUGGUCAUGUCCCUUCCAGGAAGUAAUACCAAUUUGGACAUUGAUCAUACAUCUUAUGCCCAACGCUCCUUUGAGUUUGCUCCAUUCAAUUAUCUACAAGGAGUUCUGUGCUCAAGCAUCUUCAAGGAAUCAGAUGGUCCUGUUUCUGGUUUUCGGGGUAUAUUGAGAACAUUCAUUUCAGCAUUUGUGGCUUCAUAUGAGAUCUCUUAUCAGACAGAAGAUAGUUCUCUUGGCAUGAUUUUAAAUAUUCUAUGCGAAGUUUACGAUGGAGAGGAAUCUCUCUGCAUGCAAUUCUGGGACAAAGAUAGUUUUAUUGAUGGUCCAAUCAGGUCCAUUCUUCAUAUGGUAGAAAAGGAGUAUCCUUUCCAGAUAUCAGAAUUGAUUCGCUUCUUAUCAGCCGUUUGCCAUGGGAGUUGGCCUGCUCAAUGUGUAUUUAAUUACCUUGAGAGGAUGAAUGGGGUGACUACGUUGUAUGCAGUCCCUAGGAGUGAUACAGACAAUGUGAACUAUCAUGAUCAAAUUGAAAUUCAUAGUCCAAUCAGCAUUUUUGGUAUUGAAGGAACUACAAUUCCCGGUGGAAGCCAUGGCUACAUCUUGAAAGUUCUUGAAGAUGAUGUUGCAUUAGUUCGCUGGGAGUUUCCACAUUCAGGUGUCCUCUUUUUGCUUGUAAUUUUGGCACAAGAUCUUCAUGCAUGCAAUUACGAGGAAGCUUGUGCUAUAAUGGACCUACUAUAUAAGAUGGUAUCAUCAAACAGGGAUUUGUGCCUUGCUUUGCUGCAUGCUGACAAGUCGCUAGCUGUCCAAGCGUCACAGAACUUGGGGUAUAUUGACAAGCAUGUCAGGAUUGAUAUUGCUAAAAUUUUUUGCACAUCCAUUUUCAAAUAUGUGGAAGAUUUUAAUAAUGCUUGUGUAAUGUCCAAAACCCUUGGCAUGCUGGCAGAAAUGCUCAGUUGUGUUCCAUACCAUGUGUUCAAUGUGGCGUUGGACUGUGGCUUCUUCAUUACACAAUCUGGUGUUGCUUCAAGUUUUCUCUGCAGUGAUUGGCUUCUUUCUGGUGCGCUAGCAAGAAUGCUUUUUGCUACCUCUGAGGAUAGUGGAGACUGUUCUUCACUUACAACUACAGUGCUUGAUUUUGCCAUCCAGGUUUUGCGGAAAGGAGCUGCUGCUGAUGAUAUAAUAUCAUCAUUCAUUAUAUUUUCAGUUCAAUACAUCAUGGUUAAUCAUAUGAACUGGAAAUACAAGAGUUAUAGUCGCUGGAAGAUAACCCUUAAGGUGUUUGAUUUGGUAAAGAGCUGUAUUCAAGUCAAAUCAUUCUCAUCAAAGCUUGGUGGCAUCAUUUGGGAAAUUCUAUUGUAUGAUUCUUCUAUCCACAGUGUUCUUUUGCAUAUUUUGUCCAUGUCAACGCAAUUACUGGAACACUCGCAUGGCAGCUAUUGUCAUGAUCUUAAGGAUAUUGAAGAUAUACAGCUUGUCCUUUGCUGUGGAUUUGAUAUUGUAUUUUAUAUGCUGUCCAACUUACCAGAGGAGUUGGUUCCAAGUCCGCCUUUCGUUACUAUGGUUUUGUCGUCCUCGUCAAAACCAUUGCCUUUCGUCACAGCUGCAAUAUCAUUGAUGUCCUUUCAGAAUUCAGCUAUACAAGUUGCAGCCGCUAGAGUAUUUUCAAUGCUGUGCUUCACUGCUUAUAAAGCACAACCUCAACUCAUGGAAAAUGCCUACUUUGUUGUUAAUGGUUCAGAGAUUUGGAGACUGCAAACAAGUAUUUCCUGCAUUCUUGAUGAGGUAGACAAAGUCAAUGAGGUUGUUGCUAUAUUCAACCUUCUGUCUUCUGCUGCUCGUUAUCAGCCUGCUCUUCUUAUUUCCUUGAUAGAACAGAGUACAAGGGCGCAAGCAGAUUCUGAUAAUUCCGCUCAUGAGCAGAGCAGUAAAUAUUUUGUUCUGAACCCUUCAGGAAGCAAUCCUAGACUUGUUGAGCAAAUCUUGGGUUAUAUUGGACGAUCCACUGAGCUUAUGGAUAGAUCUCCUUCUAUAUUAUCAGGUGUUCUUGAUCUACUGAAGGCAUUAUGGGAAAGUGGUGCUCAAUUUAUAUACAUUUUAGAGAAACUGAGAAGUUCUAGAACAUUCUGGGAGAACUUAUCAUGCUGUAUUCGUGCUGCUUUUGCUAGUUACCCUAUCGACAGCGUUGAGACUGUUGAUGAAAAAAAAUCUUUGAGAUAUUGUUGUCUUGGUACAAUUUUUGAGAUCAUGUCAUAUGAGUUGUUCUUGCAAGGAAAGUUGCUUACAGAAACAAAAACUUCUGAUCCUGCCCCUGUUGGUUCAAAGGAGCAAAAAGAACCUUCUGUUGCACCUUGUCCAAGUGACAUAGUGCUCAAAUGGUUUGAUAGCACGACUAUGGAGGAUUUGGUAAAUCAUCUAUCAAGUAAUGGGUACCAAAAUGAUCUUCUUCAUCGUGCUAAGGUAGCAUCCUGCCUUUGCAUUAUCCGUCUAUUAACAAAGCUGUCCAGUGGUGAUACUGGAAGCUUGUCAUUCUCGCUAGUGAAGAAGAUUCAGCUCAUAUCUAGUAAAUUGUUACAACACCGUGCAUUUGUAGCUCUACUGUCACAAUAUGCCCUUCAUGGUUACAGCGGUGAACAAGAUAUUACCAAUUUGAUAAUUAGUGAUCUUUACUAUCAUAUACAUGGAGAACUCGAAGGUCGUCCAAUUACUCCUGGUCCGUUUCAGGAGCUGCUAUGCUUCCUUCUAGAAUUUAAAGUUUUUGAACACAAUCCUUCGGAGCAACUACAGAAAAGUUUCCCAGCUGCCAAUGGCGUUUCUUUGUUUGAUGUUCCUCACAUACGUGAUGAACUUGGCCUUGAACUUUGGAAUCAUUCAGACUGGAAGACUUAUAAAGAAGUAGCUGAAAAGAUGCUGGAUAUCAUGCAUAAAGCAAACCUGAUGAAAUGUCAAGUUGAUGCAAAGCUUUGCGCGUUGAGGUCAUUCAUAACAUUUCUGUCAGUAUGCACUGGAACAAGUUCAUAUAAGAAGUUUGGCUUACCUGGUGGAGGGAUUUCAAUAACAACUACACAAUCAGCGGUUAGAUGUGCAUGCAAAUCUCUGCAGUCAGCUGUUGACUCCCUCCCUCCUGAGGUUGAUAACAGUGGGGUUUUGUUUCCUCCCUUGUCUGGACAAGUGGAAUUGUUGCUUACUAUCACCAGGAUCUUACUUGACCAUGCUAAACAAAGCAAAAGUUCAAGGCAUCUUUAUCCAGUUAUUGUACUACUCAUGAAAACUUCAGGUGCCAGCACUUCCUUUUUGUUUAAUCUCAUGCCAUCCAGUCCUGCUCUUAAGCAACCAGUGAAGUCCCUCCUUGUUCUGCUUUUGUCAUUAUUUGAAUUCAUUUACAAGAAGGUUGACAUGAAAGAUGGAUCUGAAGAUGUCAAUAUAUUUGGGGAGUUAUCCCUUUUAAGUAUGAGCUUGUUACCUGUAUUAUGCAAAUUGGCAGAGAGCAGAGAAUAUUUUGAUCUUGCUAUUGCAUCAAUGGACAUAAUAUUGAAAGGCUUUUUGCCUUCUAAUGUAUGGGUGCCUAUUCUACAAAAGCAUUUUCGUCUCCAGGUUAUACUGCAAAAGUGCCAAAGUGGGGCUUUAUUGUGUACUCAAGUCAUAUUGAAUUUCCUCUUGACUAUGGGGCGGACAAAGGACGGUGCUAAAAUUCUUCAGUCUGCCAAUAUUUUUGCUUUCAUAAAGGUCCUUCUGAGUCAGAUGUCUUUGGAUGACUCCUGUUUGAGAAAUUCCUUGAGCACCCAAACAAAGGAUGUGAAAAUUUGGGGUUUGGGUCUUGCUAUUGUCUCCUCUUUGAACCAUUGCAUGGAUGAUGAUAUUUCCCGCAACAGUGUUGCAAACAGUACUAUCAGCUUCCUUUCAGGGCAAGUGCCUUUGAUGUCGUCUUAUCUAUCUGCACAAAGUGUUAACACUCAUCAGAGCAAGAAAAGGACACUGUUACAAAAGUCACAGACAUCACUUUCAGCUCUCAGUCUUACUGAGAAUAUUCUCACACUUCUCUGUAUUUUGGCCAAGUACCAUUUCCCACGGGACACAGGUAUGAAGGAAGUAGAUUCAGAAUUAAGGGAGAUUAUUAUCCACCUGCUUGCAUUUAUAAGCAGAGGUAGUGAAAGAACCGGUGAUUCCCCAAACUGGAACUUAUCCUUUGGUUGUCCUCCUAUUAUUAAAGAGGAAAUGAAGCUUAAUGAAGAGCCACCACUUAUUAGGAGCAAAUAUGGAUGGUUCCGAUUUGCUGCAAGUUGUACUUUGUCAACUCCAUCUGUCUCUGGUCCUCCCAAUGCAGGAUUGUCACUUGUGAUUAGAGACAAAAAUCCAGCGGAUUCUGAUUCUAUGAAGCAGACUCGUUUUACAGAGAUGUUAGCAGUACAAAUCUAUAGGAUUGCUUUUCUUAUUAUGAAGUUCCUAUGCAGUCAAGCAAAAGAGGCAGUAAGAAGGGCAGAAGAACUGGAGUUCCUUGACCUUGCUCAUUUCCCAGAACUUCCGAUGCCAGAUAUUCUUCACGGCCUGCAGGAUCAAGUGGUUUCUAUUGUCACUGAAGUAUUAGAGGCAAAUGUAUCUACUGCACUCAAUACCGAGACAGAGAGGGUGUGCCAACUUCUGUUGGUGAUACUUGAAACAUCACUUUACAUGGAAUUGUGUGUAUCCCAAUCAUGUGGCAUCAGACCAGUGAUGGGUCGUUUUGAAGAUUUCUCCAAGGGAAUUAAGGCUAUGGUUCAUGCUUCUGAGAAGCAUUCCAGUUUUAAACCAUUGGUCAGGUCACUUGCCCAAAUUACCACUCUUCUUUAUCCCGGGAUUGUACAAAAUAACAAUCUCAUGUAAUUUUUGUAAAUUGUGUAGCUAUGAUAAUGAAAUUUGUUGGUUAACUAUCAUAGAUGGAAUGGCAGCUCACAUAUCAUUGUCGAUGUAGCUCCUGACUGGGUAGUGUGUAGCCGCCAAAAAGAAACUGGGUAGCAUGUGACUGUUCAUGCAUCUUAAACAUCUGACGUGAUAGCACAUAGCAGAGGCUCUCGGCAAGGCAGCAACACCAAGAACUCCACUGUUCGUCAACUUCUGUGCUAACCUAUUCGCCAAGAGCGUAGUGCCAGGAAUGGGCAUUAGGAAGACUGGAAGUUCAUCUUAGCUUUUUUUUUUUGUAGGUUUGAUCUGUUUAGUUGCAUCUUGCAGUUUACAUCGAGUUGCAUCAAUGGCCGAUGUGGCUACCAUGUUUAUUGAAUACUCUACAUGGUAGGUGCAAAUGAGGACUGGAAUUAGUUCCACAGCUAUUACCAUGGUUCAGGAGUUUAAUUCAAUCGAAGUAUCGCACGAAUUGUUUCGGUAUGCCUUGAGCUGACGUGUUCCGUAAAUAAAACUUGACUAGUUAACAGAAUAUGCUCUUUACAGUUUGAGAAGGUGAAUUUCGAUUGGGAAAGAAUAUCAGUUUGAUAGAAUGAAACAUCAUGAUGUACCACCUAGAUUAUCUUUGAAAUAGAACUGGCAGCAUAUCAUGUUUCAACCA